GCAGAAUAUCUCAGCUAUUACAAAUACGGCAUCCAACCCGGCGGUCAGAAUGCAGACCCGAGCAUUGGCUUUUCGAAAGUACCAGUCUGGGAUGAGAGGACAAGCGAUGAACACGUCCAUAGGGGAGCCGCCUUCACUACACUUCUCUCGCUUAAAAGCGAAACGAUACGAUAUAAUCAUAUCGCACAGGUCAACUCACAUCCACCAUCCAUCGAGAAUAGCCACCACACUCAGCGCAGCUCAAGUCUAGUCAUCGCGAUGGCCUCUGGUCAUACACCUAGCGGCAAGAUGCUCCCAAACUUUCUGUAAGGAACAUGACAUACCGACAACUCCGCGACUUUGGAGAUAAAGCUGACAUACAUGACAGAACCAUGAGUUUCGAAAUGGUCACCGUGCGUGUCGGCGAAGCAGAUGUGGCAGUCGAUAUUCCCGUCUACCGCGAUCAGCUUUCGGCUGUCUCACUGUACUUUCGCGGCGCGUUCGAGGGUCCUUUCAAAGAGGCUACGGAUCGCAUUCUACCCUUGACAGACGUUUCCGAACAGACCUUCCGGAUAUUCCUGCAGUGGACACACUUCCAAGCCAAUUCUCAGUCGAGUGCUGCUUCCAUGCGUACACAUGACGCCGUCCUCCAGAAACUCAUGACAAAAUUGAGGGAUGAAACCACUACCAUUCCUGGAAUCGACGAAAAAGGCUACCAUGAUGAAAGGAAGAAGAACGAUUCGCGUUGGACGAAUCCAGAGUCGGUGGUCGAUUGCCAGUUGAUGCGUGCUUCGUUCCUGCGCCUCUACGUUUUCGCUGACAAGUACGACAUUCCCCAGUUUCGAGAUGACAUAUUGACUGCCUUGAUUGCACAGCCGCAUGUAUGGAAAUGGCCUUCCAGUCCUGACCAAGAUCUGAUCGAGCAUGCAUACGCAAAUUUGCCGCAGUCUUCCAAGUUCAUCCGCUUCUUAGUACUUUCCGUGGCCACCUGGUACAUUUGGGAUUCUUCGUACGAGGACGCUACCAGGCUGCUGUGUGACCUGAAAGAGACGCAUAAAGACUUCGCUCUCGAGGUCGCUAUUCUGAAGGUCGAGAUAUAUAGGGACAAAGUUUUCCCGAAUAAGCAUGGUGCCUCGUCUCAGCGGGAAUUAACUCUGCCCCAUUCUUGCAUCUUGCACGAGCAUCGAGUCCAGGACAAGAAGCAAUGCCGGGAGCGCAUACGCAACCAUCCGUAUAUAUUUAACAUACUCAUUGAUGCGUGCUUGCAAGAUGCCUUGGGCAUGGAGGAACGGUGCAACAAGGCAUAGGCAUUCUGGAGUACGCGCUAGGGCAGAUUGGUGUCAAGGGUCCAAGAUACUAUGCCGGGCUCUGAGAUGUGAUAGACAGCCAAGACAGGAGUUUGAGACCUGGAACAGCGCUACUGUACCACCGUGGGGACGAAUACAUUACUUGAGACUGCCGGUCAAUGUGGGUCCUCAGCAGAGCGGGCACAGAACGGCUAGAUGGGCUAAAUUCGAUGGAGCAGGGUUUCAGCGGAAGAUACCGUAGAGAAAACGAAUCAAAAUGGCCUUCUAGACGAGCU